AUGUCUCGUUUUCCAAGAGUUGUGCCUUGGACAACUUCAGAAGAAUAUCAACAAGUAUAUCAGUGGUUAUAUUCUGAUGAUCCAAAACAAAAUGAAUUAGGUGUCAAACGUGUAAGCAAAAGACUUAAAAAAUUGUU